CUGUGGAACUCCGCAUUAAGCUGUCGCCCUGCGCUUCCUGGCCACAUGAAGCGUCACAACGCAAAUAACGCAAAUCUAACACGUUGGACAGCACGCACUACUAGAAAACGACGCAUCAGUUCCACUUUCUCAGACUGGGCAAGGUCCGCGGACUGCGGUGGCACAAUGCAGGAUGCUCAGACAGGCGAGUGAGGGCGGCGGUCUUUUCGGCGCGAAUUGGAUGCUUGCCAGCUUGCCAGAGGGACAGAGCGGGGCUCGCCCGGGCAGGGCGGCUCGCGCCCGCCCGGCUCUGAGCGAGAAGGCGGCGCGGCGCCUCCCAGCAGCGCCUCGGCGCCCCGGGGGCGGUCCUCGACGACCUUCUGGGGGCGAGCACGCCUCUGAGACCUACGCCCUCCUGCGCGCCGCCGGGGCCUCACUGGCAGGCGCCGUCGGCGGUCCGACGCCGCAAGGGUGCAUGGCAAGAGGAAUCAUUCAUUGGGUGGGGAGCAGAAGAGGGGGAGGGGGAGGAGGAGGAGGAGGAGGAGGUAGGGUAGGGAGCGACGGUGGCCGCGGGAACUCCAUCCUCCCUAUCCGGCGCGAUGGGGCCACAGGAGUUCUUAGAAAGCACCGAGGCCCUACUUGCAGCCGUGCCGCCUGCAGAAGGUCACUUCCCAGCCGAAGAGCACGAAUUGUUCUACCAGCUGGUCGUUGCAGCAGGAGGCCUGCCGGACAUGCAAAACGAGGCGCGGCAGUGCCUCACACUGCCAGCGGCCAAUUGGACGCAAUUGUUCGAGAACACAAAAAUUAUGCGGUGAGGGGGAGAGAUGGGGAGAAUGGAGGAGGAGGGGAAUAAUAGGGGUGGACAGGUCAAGGGCUUCUGAAAGGAGGCUGGUGGCGAGAGCAGCAUUGCAGGCAGCAUUCGGCUCUCAAGCCAUUGGCGUUGACUGGCAAAAUACUACUGUCGACGUGAUGCGUGCUGGGAGGAGGCGCGCCUGGCUCUCAAAGCUCACGGCGGAAAAACAAGAAGAACGCCUCUCCACCCUGCCCACUCCCGCUCGAAGUCGGCACCCACAAUCCUGACCAUCGGGCGUGGACUAAUCUGGCUCAGCGCAAACCCUGCUCAACCCAUUUAGACAAAGACUGCGCUGCAAUUUGUCGGGGGCUUCCC